UCACCACCCUUGCAACACCACACACACCUGCCACAGCGGUCACACACGCCCAGUCCUACCAAGGAAAGCAACGAGUCUCAAAAAUCAACUCCCUCUGCAGUUAAGCAACAAAUGAGUACGACACGCGGACUUCCUCCUGAGGACGUGGUCCAAUCCAGUGUCAGUAACACAGAGCGAAAUGAUCCGAGCCAUGAUAUUAAAGACAUCGUCAAACAGCACCAGCCUGCAGGAACGACCUCUUCUAGUGCGUCUCCCACACAAAGGAAAAGGGAUGGAAAGAAGUUUGCAAAGAAACCUGACCCUCAUGAUGAAGCUAUGGAGAUCCUUAAAGACCAGAUGGCAAACCCGCCACAACCGUCUCUGAAAAAGCCUCAGCCCCCUCAGCCCAAAGCAGAUGGAGUUAAAGUCGCCAGGACAACCAAACCUCGACCUGCGGGUCCAAGCAGUGCCGACUUACCUCCAACGCCUCCACCUGUUUCUAGAGAUCUACCAGUAGAGGAGGAGGUGAUACAGACUCAGCUCCACAGCAGGACCAGCGAUGAAUAUUACACCUACUCCAGCGUCCCCUGGAAACUCUACAUGAGGAAGGAGGUUUUCUACCCAAAGGAGACCCUGAACAAUCCACUGAUCCUGGACCUGAUAUUCAGACAGGUGGUCCACGACACCUUCUCUGAGGCUUGUGUCCGCAUCACCCAGGAGGAAAGACAGAAGAUGAGAGGCUUCUUUGCGGAGAACAAAGUGGACCAGUCAUCAGGGACUCACGAUGAAAACAUCAAGAAGAAAGUGGUCGCCAUGGCCAAGGACUCAUGGGAGAUUUAUUUCUCCCGCCUCUUCCCAGCCUCAGGCAGUGUGGGAACUGGAGUGCAGGUGUUGUCUGUGUCUCAUAAAGGGAUCAAGCUGCUGAGGCUGGUGAAGAGCAGCUCUUCAGCCUCGGAUUACUUCAGAGUUCUCAGGCCCUACAGCUACUCGGAUGUCCUGUUUGUGUCUGUUCCAUCUAAAAACAUGCUGGAGUUCAACCUGACCAAUGAGAAGCUGAUCCUGUUCUCAGCCAAGGCCUCGCAGGUCAAACACAUGAUCGACCACUUCCUCAAUGAGCUUAAGAAGGACUCUGCGUACGUGGUUGCAAUUAGGAACUACAUCACAGACAACAGGACUCAACUGAGCUUCCACAAAGGGGACAUCAUUAGGCUGCAGCACAUGGAUGGGCUGGAGUCAGGCAAACAGUAUGGCUGCAUCGUGAGGAAGAAGGUGAUGUUGCUAGAGGAGCUGAAGAGAGACACCUCUGAGUUUGGCUGGAGGUUUGGGGCUGUGUUCGGAAAGUCGGGAGUGUUUCCCAAUGAAUACGUUCGUCCUGUGGCUGCUCCUGACUUCCUGGUUCUGCCCGCUGAGCGCGUGGAGCCUCGGGAUAGGCACGGACGAGUAGCAGCAUCAGCUGCUGUUGCUGUAGCCAUGGGUUCAGCAGUGGCUGCACAUGAGCUUGACCUCUCAACAGAGGUUGUAAAUGAGAUGUAUGGGGACAGCUGGAGUGUUGAACUGAGUGAUCUGCCUCUGCAAAGCAGUCAGUAUGUAAUGACUGAAUUUGCCAAGAAAUACUUCAGAGAGGCACAAAGAAACAGGAGUGAUCAGAAAGCCAAGAAGGGCAAAGAGGGCAGAGAUCCUGCUGACAUGGUCAAAUUCUCCAAGUCUCCGAUCCAGGAGUCUCUGAUCGACUUCUCUGACAGUGGGAUGAACAGAGUGGCUGCUGACAUCUUUUUAGCAAUAAUGAGGUUUAUGGGGGACUUCCCAAUGAAAGGCCUGACUGAGCAGGACCUGGUGGCCACCAUACUGAAGUUAAGUGCCGACCACGGACUGAUGAAGGAUGAAGCCUACUGCCAAGUGAUGAAGCAAGUCACCACAAACAUCAGCUCCAAACCGGAGAGCUGUCAGAGAGGAUGGAGGCUGAUGUACAUCAUUACAGCUUUCCAUCGCUGCUCUGAUGUCAUGAAGCCUUUCCUGCUGAGGUUUCUGCAGGACGCCUGUGAGAAUCCCAGUAUGCCGUACCAAGCUAUUGCCAAGGCAUGUGAGCAGAAUCUGAAGAGGACUUUCCAAUAUGGAGGACGGAUUCAGUAUCCCAACAACAUGGAGAUCAAAGCUAUGCUGGCUGGGCGGAGCUCAAAGAGGCAGCUCUUUCUGCUCCCAGGUGGGAUCGAGAGGCACUUGAAGAUCAAGACAUGCUCUGUUGCUUUGGAUGCAAUCGAAGAGCUUUGCUCGGAGAUGGGACUGCAGAGGUUGGAGGCGUUGGAUGAAUAUGCCAUCUUUUUGGUCACACAUAAAGGUCAGAAUGUGCGUCCCCUGAACAAGCGGGAGUACAUCUUGGACAUUGCCACAGAGGCUGAGCCAGUGGACGCCAACUACAGCCUUUGGUUCAGGAGAGUCGUUUGGAGUCUGGCUCUCAAACUGGACAACGAGCUCUAUGUGACUAUGCACUAUAACCAGGUGUUGCCAGACUACCUGAAGGCCCUGCUGAGUGUGGUUCCUCCGGGAAAGCCCAGUGAGCAACAUGUGCAGCAGAUCUCCAGGCUGGCAGCUUUACAGCACCGUGCCAAGGACUCAGUCUACCUGCCUACACUGCGUGAAGUGCAGGAGUGUGUCCCCUCACAGUUCUACAGCAAACAGGGCUCCCAGGUGUGGCUGAAUAUGAUAACGCAGCACAUGCAGCACGUCCAGCCUUUAAACCCACACCAGGCCCGUGCACAGUUCCUCGGUCUGGUCAGUGCCUUCCCCAUGUUUGGCUCUUCUUUCUUCUUCAUCCAGAGUUUGAACUCUUCCUCCAUCGAUGCACCAUGCAUUCUGGCUGUCAAUCUGAAUGGACUGCACUUCCUGAACAAAGACACUCACGAGACCAUGGACCGUUUCCCUUUGAAGGAGGUCCAGUCAACUCGUACCCAAAGACCAACUUCAGGCUCCAGUUACCCCUAUGUGGAAAUCAUGAUUGGAGACCUUCUCAACCAGCGAAUCACACAGCUGCAGCUAGAGCAGGGCCUUGAGUUGUGUCGAGUCAUCGCCAUGCACAUGGAAAACCUGCUGUCGGUCCGAGAAAAGAGACUCACCUUGCCACCGAGUGAAAUCACACUGCUAUAGCCGAAGGAUGGAGAGUUGUACACAGCUGAGUUUAACACCUUGUGAAUGGACUACAUCUACCUCUGUUUUGGAAACAAAACAUUGAAACUUUUAAAGACAAAGUUCAUAAUUUUACAGUCUAACAGAAUGACUCAACAACUUAAAGUCAAAGUCCUGUAGUCGUCGUCACACACUGGUGAAAUGCAUCUCCGCAUUCGAGCCAUCCCUGUGGAGGGGAGCGGUGAGCUGCAGCGGUGGCUGCGCUCAGGAACUUCUGCCUUCUUUUUCGGUCCUCUGCUGCAGGGAUUUUUUUUUAAACUUUCUUACCUGUAAUUCUUGGGCAUCUUUUACUCAAAUGAAUAAAUGAGUAGUUUUGUAGUGAAAAAAGUAGACGGGCCUUGUUAAUGUAGCACUAAUUGUUUUCUCGGACAUUCAAGACUAGCUUUAUAAGCAUCAGUCUCUCCUCCUUUUAGAGUGUGUAAGCUCUUGUGCAUGACUAAAUCAUGAAAAUGCCACCACUAACUCAAAUCUUUUUUUCUUCUUUGCCAUGAAAUCAAAGGAAGGGUUUUGACAGGGAAACAUAAAUAAGGGGCAGGUUUUUGGCACAUAAAGUCAGAGGUCACAUGACCGAACAGUUUGCACUAAGUCAAUUUUUUAGUUAGUUAAUGCGUAUUUUAUAAAUAAAGAUUGUAUAUAACUAAUGCAUGUGAAUAAUGAUGUACAAUAAAGUUUUUAGUAGAACCUGUAAUGGAAUGUGUGUGAAAACCUUUCUUAUUUUCAAAUACCUAAAAGAACAGAUGACAUUUAUGAUGUGAAUACACAUGCUGGAAUUAAACAAAAUGAUUAUGUAAAAAAAAUUGAACCAAUUUAGUUCAGACUAGUUGAGUUGAAAUGUCUACUUUAAUCAUGUUUUGUUGUUAUUUAAUGAAAAUUAUUGCAAACUAAAUUUAAAAAUUGAGAUUUUCCUACUUUUUUCAAAUCUCCUAAA